UUUCCCGCUCGUUCAGUCAGCUGAAGUUUGGAGACGAUAUAAGACAGACCCACUCUACCACUGUACCUUUGUGGAGACCAUGAGGGUUGUUGCUGGUUUGCUGUUGCUGCUGCUCGGUCUGUGUGGAUCAGGGGCUCAGGGGGAGGCUGGAGGCCUCGGUGAGGUGGCUGAGAUCAACCAGAACCCAGAUCCAAAACAUCCAGCUGAGGAAUCGACCCAGCAGAGCACAAAGCAAACCGACCCUGACGUCUGGACGGAGCUGAGGGCACUGAGAGACAUGGUGGUGGAGCAAAAGGUUCACAUGGAGCUGCUGCAGAGAGAGAAUUCAGUCCAAGCCACAGAACUUGUGUCUUUGGAAAGCAGACUGACGUCCUCCGAGAGCAAAACACGGGACCUGGAAAAAGAGAACGCAGACCUGCAGACCAGACUGAGCAGCAGUGAGUCCAGGAUCGACCAGCUGGAGAGAGAAAAUGCAGAGAAACCAAAGGUGGCCUUCUACGCAGCUCUGACUGAUGCAGGAACUCUUGGACCAUACAACACAGACAUCACACUGAAAUACAGCAAGGUCUUCACCAACACUGGCAAAGCUUACAAUCCAUCUACAGGUUUCUUCACAGCACCAGUCAAAGGUGUUUACUGGUUCCAGUUCACUGUGCACGGUUACGAUACUAGUGCUACAGGUGUAUAUGUGUACAAGAACCACCAGAUAAUGAUGGCAAAUUGGGAGAAUAUCAACAAUGGGGUUCGUGAGUAUUUGACUAACUCUCUGGUGUUGGAGCUGACAGCAGGAGAUGAAAUUCACCUGGUUCUCCCAUCAGGCUGGUCCGUCUAUGACAGCCUUAGUAAUUUCAACACCUUCAGCGGCUCCCUUCUCUUCACACUGUGAGGAUGUUGUUCAGGCUGCUGUGUGACUGAUUUGUCACAAACUCUGUUGUUAUUGGCUGAACUGUGAAUCUUUAUAAAAUGCUGAUAUUUCUCAGCACUGCUGCCUCCAGGACAACUUUCUGUACCUUCACUGCAUGAUUCAAACAGUGUGAUUCUCAAUCUGACUUCACUUUUGUGUCGUCACAUGAAAACAGCAUUUAAAUAAAUCAAAGUUUCAUUCAAG